AUGGCGGGAAGGGAUGAAGGUUGCAAGCUUGUAACAAUAGGCAGUGGUUAUAUUUUUGCUACAACAGGUUAUGGAAUUGCCCUCCAAAAAGGUUCUCGGUGGAAACGGCCUAUUGAUUUAGCUCUUCUGCAGUUUGUUGGAGAUGGUGAGAUGGAAGAACUAGAGACUUUGUGGCUCACUGGUAUCUGUCAUAAUGAGAAGAAUGAAGUGAUGAGCAGUCAGCUAGAUAUUGAUAACAUGGCAGGUGUUUUCUACAUGCUGGCAGCAGCCAUGGGUUUGAGUCUGAUAACCUUUGUCUGGGAGCAUCUAUUUUACUGGAAACUAAGAUACUGCUUUACUGGUGUUUGUACAGGAAAACCAGGACUACUGUUUUCCAUAAGUAGGGGUAUUUACAGCUGUAUCCAUGGAGUGCAUAUAGAAGAGAAAAGGAAAUCUCCAGAUUUCAGUUUUACUGCUUCUCAAACAAACAUGUUAAAAUUGUUGAGAUCAUCAAAAAACAUGACUAAUUUAAGCAAUCUAAACUCAUCCCAAUGUAAUUCUCCCAAAAGAACAACUAAUUAUAUUCCAAGAGGGUCUCUGUUGAUGGACAUGGUGCUAGAUAAGGGAAAUCUAAUCUAUUCAGAUAACAGACCUUUCCAGCAAAAAGAGAUCUAUAUUGAAAAUGCACAUGAUCUCUCAAUUCUACCUAGCAACCGCCAUAAGGACAAUCUUAACAAUUAUGUGUUUCAAGGUCAACACCCCUUAACAUUAAAUGAAUCCAACCCCAACACAGUUGAGGUUGCUGUUAGUGCAGACCCCAAAGCAAAUUCAAGACCAAGGCAGCUUUGGAAAAAGUCAGUGGAGACUUUAAGGCAGAAUCAGGGUUCAGUUAAUGAAAAUGGAAAUGAAGAUCCCAAACCAUCCAGCAAAAACAAGCAUUUUCUUCCAGAGGAUGGACAUUUUUCUGAUGCAUCUGACACAUCAAGCAGAGCAACCUGCCAGGUAGACACUGAAAGCAAUGGCAAAUCUCACAAGAGUAAGGAAAACCUAAAGAAAAGAUCCAUAUCAAAGUAUCCUAGAGACUGUAGUGAAGUUGAGUUAUCUUAUUUAAAAAGUAAACAAGGUUCUACUCGUGAUAAAAUCUACACCAUCAAUGGGGACAAGGAGCCUAAUUUUUUAGUGGAGCAGCCUCAGUAUGGUGACAAUGCCCCUGCUCAAGAGGAAGGAGAUUACCCUGAGGUGUAUCAAGAUCACAAUGACAAUUACAAAAAGUCAGAAUCUUCUCUUCAUAUUAAUAGGACUCCUUUGCACAAUGAGGACAGUCUUCCAAAUAAUGAUAUUCAGUACAAAUUAUUUAAUAAACAUUAUAGUUUAAAAGAAAAGAAUGCAUCAAUAGCAGAAGUCAAUGACAGACAUAGGCAAAACUUGACCCACUGUCGAAGUUGUCUGUCUAAUGUACCCAGUUAUACUGGUCACUACUCAGCCAGGUCCCCUUACAAAUGUGAUGACUGUCUGCAUAUAGGAAACCUUUAUGACAUUGAUGAAGACCGAAUGCUACAUGAGACCACUAAUUCUGUUCAUUCUGAAGAUGUUUAUGAGCACAACUGGGUUGAGAACAAUGCUCUACAGUUUCAGAAGAAGAACAAGUUAAGAAUUAAUAGGCAGCAUUCUUGUGAUAACAUAAAUAAACCCAGGGAGAUAGACAUUGGAAGACCAUCCCGUAGUAUAAGCUUGAAAGACAAAGAACGCUAUUUGCAAGAAAGCCCUUUUGCUAACCUCCUUAUUGUUCCCUCAGAAAAACUAUUGGGAAAUAAGAUUCCACUUUAUACACACUCUUUAAAGGAAACUAAGCGAAGCAGAUCCCUUUACACAGAUAUUUCUUCUGAAAACCCUUUCCUGCAUUCCUAUCAGGAGAACCAAAACCUGAGUCAUGGACAGAGCUCCUCUGAUAUUUAUAAACAAUCUACAUCAUUGAAAGCAAGAAGUGAUAAUUAUUUAAGGUCGUCUAUUAAAUCUACCACUUCAUAUUCCUCAAGGGAUGGACGGGUACCCAAUGACAUGUGUGUUUCAGAGUAUGUCAUGCCUUAUGCUUCAAGCAAGAAUAGUAUGUGCCCAGCUCCAAGGGUUGUAAAUUCCUGCAGCAAUAGACGUGUAUUUAAAAAAAUGCCUAGUAUUGAAUCAGAUGUUUAA